ACAACUGCUUCCGAGGACUUCCUGGUCGAGUUCAAGACAAUGGCUCGAAUCAAGCCACACCCGAACGUAGUUGGUCUAAUGGGCGCGUGUAUGCACGAAGCCAUUUUGUACGUCGCUCUUGAAUAUCUCCCCAACGGCAACCUGCGUGACUACCUGAGGAGUACUCGCCCCAAGCAGCAGGGGGCAAUGAAGUCGGACGAUGGUGUAUCCCCACUGACUUCCUCCAACUUACUGACAUUUGCAAUAGAUAUAGCCAGUGGAAUGGAUCACCUUUCCGACACUGGGAUAAUUCACCGAGACUUGGCUGCAAGAAACAUACUUCUCGGAGAAGACUUGACUGCCAAGAUUUCUGAUUUCGGAUUAUCACGGGGAGAGGACAUCUACGUUCAGAAAUCGCAGACUCGUGUUCCUUUCCGCUGGUUGGCCAUCGAGUCUUUGACCCGCCGGGUGUACAAGUCUAAGAGUGAUGUAUGGUCAUUCGGGAUCGUACUGUGGGAGAUAGCAACAUUUGGAGCGACGCCCUAUCCGGGAAUUCAGAGGUUGUUGUUGGCCAAACGAUUGCAGGAAGGCUACCGAAUGCCCAAGCCGGAAAACUGUGCCGAUGAAAUCUACGAUCUGAUGAUGAAGUGUUGGCAGCCACACCCCAGUCAUCGCCCAAGCUUCAAAGAAAUCAUGGCGACGCUCGAGAAAAUGAACGACCCAUCAGAUGAGAACAUCUACAUGACAACUCGUUUCUACGUGAAUCACGUGAUCAAGCCAGAGUUUGACGAUAACUAGAACAGCGGUGCAAGACUAAUGAAGAAGCAUCUUAAAGAGAACAGGACCUUUCGAGAUAUCUGGGAGAUGCGACUCAAAUAUGAUUGACUGAUUAUUCUGAUUAUUUUGUUUUGGGAGAGGCGCUUUGUAAUUGACCCAAUUGC